GGCAGGUCCCGUCCCGCCUGCCGGUUUGGUUUUCCCUGAUCCGUGGGCUGGCCAUGGAGAAAGAGUCAAUUGCUUACUAAUUUUUUUCUGAGGCAGGGACUACCUUGAGCAGCCUGAGCCGAGGGGAGGAGGCUGCAGAAGUCCUGUUCCCUGUGGAUUGGGAGCUCCUCAAAAGUGAAGAAGGCCAAAGAAUCAAGAAGACCUGGAUCCCAGACAUACACUGACUAUGUGAUGUUGGGCGUGUCAUUUAACCACUGAGUGUCUAAGGUCUUCCUGCCAUGGCCAGUUACCAGAAAGGUGAGCCUCCCUCUCCUGAGGAGAGCUCAGGGGAUGAAAUUCAAGGGGAUGAAGCAAUUAGGAUCCUUGAAAAAAUGAAACUGAAUCAGAGACUUGCAGCAAAGGAGCUGGUCAGCACAGAGGCCAAGUAUGUGCACAGUCUUCAGCUUUGUGCCUCUGACAUCCGGAGCCAACUACAUGAGCUGCCAGAGGGAGACUUGGACGUGAUAUUCUCAAACAUUAAUGAUAUUAUCAAGGUCAAUAGCCGUUUCCUCAAAGGCCUAGAAGAGGCAGAUUCUGAUGAAGAACAGCUCUGCUUACUUGGUAAUCUGUUCCUUCAGUUCCACGAGGAGAUGGAGAGCACCUAUAAGGUCUACUGUGCCAGCUAUGAUCAGGCCUUGGCCCUGGUGGAGUCGUACAAGAAGGUACCCAAGCUACAGAAGGCAAUUCAAGAUGUCAUCACCGCACUGGUGCCACAGGCUGGAGCCUCAGGCCUCAGUUUCUUGCUGGUGAUGCCAAUGCAGCGGGUGACCAAGUACCCACUGCUGCUGCAGAAGAUCCUAGAGAACACACCACCUGAUGACCAUGCCUAUGAGGCCUUGCAGAGUGCCACCAGAGCCAUGCACGAGGUCAAUUCCAACAUCAAUGAGUACAAGAGGCGUAAGGAAAUCGCCACUAAAUACAACAAGUUGGAGCAUCUGACAGUCAGGGAGAGGUUGGCCCGGAUUAAUACACACUCUAUCUCCAAGAAGACUCUGCGUCUAAGUCAGUUAUUCAAGCAAGAAGCUGGGAUUGUGACCAGGACUGAAGACAGGGAAUUUGAUGAUUUGGAAGAGAAAUUCCACCGGGUGGCGCUGUGUGUCAAUGAACUGAAGAGCAAUGUGGCAUCUUACCUGGAGAAUUUGGAGACUUUCCUCAGGAUCAAACCACAUGAAUGUGAUCUGGAGAUGGAAGGUGGAGCUGUGCAACAGUAUUGCUGCCUUACCAGAAACCUGCACCUUCUCGUCUUCUUGGAAUUUAAGCAGCGUUUGGAAAGGCUAGUGUACCACCCACUGGGCCACCUGUCCAAAGCCCUCCUAGGGCCUGAGAACCUGAUCAAGAAGCGUCUAGACAAAUUGCUGGACUUUGAGCGGAUAGAAGAGAAGCUGGCCGAAAUGGGCAGCAUGACGUACGAAGAGGAAGCCACCAGGCACACCUACCAGGCCCUGAACUCUCUGCUGGUGUCUGAGCUUCCCCAGUUUAACCAGGUGGCCACACAGUGGCUGGGUCAGAUCUUGCACACACUCAUGGCCCUCCAGAGGGAUCUUGCCCAGCAAGUGCUGCAGAGGGCCGAAGGAGAGCUGGCUCAGCUGCCCCACAGCCAUGUUUCUGACUCUGACUUCAGGAAGCUGGUGGAAGACACAUUAAGCAAAACCAAUGCCCAGCUUCACUCCUUCCGCCAGAGCUUUGAGAAGGUGUUGCCAGUUCCAGUAACACAACCACUCCAACCUGCUGCAGAAAGACAGGCCCAGGCCCUCGUUAGCAAGUAUGGCCCUAGCAAGCUCUACCAGGUGACAAGUAACAUCAGUGGGAGUGGAAAUCUGGCUCUGACCCUUCAGAGAGGGCAGAUUGUGGCUCUCCUUCAGGACAGGGAUACCAAAGGCAAUACUAAUCGUUGGCUGGUCGAUACUGGAGGCUAUCGAGGGUAUGCGCCAGCUGGAAAACUAGAGCCGUAUCAGGUGGUCCCACGUGAGGAGCCCAGCACGCAGGCAGGGUCAGGCGAUGGUCUCAGGUUCCCUCCAGCAGAGGCUCCCAGGGCAUCAGCCAAUCCUGUCAUGCCUGUUUUUCAGGUGGUAGCUGCAUAUCCAUUUGCAGCCAGGAGCAGCCAUGAAGUGAGCCUGCAAGCAGGGCAACCAGUAACAAUCCUGGAGAGGCAGGACAAGAAGGGGAACCCAGCGUGGAGCCUCGUGGAAGUGAAUGGACAGAGGGGUUAUGUGCCCUCCAACUUCCUGGUCCAGAUUCCAAGCCCCACACCCUGGGGCUGGAGUUUGCCCCCUUGCGACAGCCCCCCAUCCCACAUGUAAAAUAGCAAGGGCAGGAGGGGGCAUGUGAAGGAUUCUCAGUCAGACAGUGGGUUGAUGGGGGUAAGUAAGAUGGGUGUGAGACAAGGCAGACCUACUAGAUACAUCUCCACUGCUGCUAACGAAGUAGGGUGGAGGGUGAGGGGCAUGGAUGAGGGGGUAAAGGCUUUAGACUGUCUUUCUGUGGAGCUGUUAUAGGCAGAGAGGGUCCAUGAGGGCUUGGCCCACUGGUCUGCAGUCAUACAUAGCAAGAAGCCAUAUAUGAGAGAAACGUAUCACUGUGCCAGAUGUGGACGUAGAGGAUUUGGAUUUGAAUUCUGGCUCUCCCAGGUACUAUUUUUGUGACUUCGGGUAAGUCAGUUAUCCCCUGUGGGCCUUAGGUUCUUCAUCUGUGAAUGAGGGGGGUGCAUUAGAUGGUCUCUGAGGUCCCUCUCAGUCCUAACUCUGUGAUACGAUGAAGCUCUCAGCCCAGGAACUGGGAAGGUCGAGAGAGAGCUUCUUGAUGUGAUGCCUGGCUGAGAAACGGUAUAAUAAGGAUUCCUCUCUUACCAUUAGUCAUUUUGUAAGGAGGACUUUGGGAAUUCUCUCAGGGGAGUGGCGCUACUAACCAUACAUACUGGGUGGGAGCCUUGAUCCCAGGAGGGGAUCGGGGAUCUGGGCAGAAGCUCCGUGCCUGAGUAUGGUGGAUUGAACUGCAGUUCCUUGAUGUGUAUGAUCUAUAAAAUGCCCAACAUAUAGUAGGCGCAUCUUGGGGCACGGUGUAUUAGAAUGCUGGGUCUGGAGUUAGGAAAACCUGAGUUCAAAUCCAGCCUCAGACACUUAAAAGUUGUGCAACCUUGGGCAAGUCACUUAGUCCCUAUUUGCCUUAGUUUGCUCAAUUGUA